CUUGCGCCGCGCUGUUUGACGCGUGCCGCCUCUGUUGGACACUAUCCCGUCCGAGCCAAGGGCCACAUUAUUGUCAAUCAUCAGACAGACACUACGGGGGUCACAGCUUUGCUCCCGGCACGGACCACAUCGCUCGUUCGCUCGCUCGGUAGCGUCAGCAGGGUCGAUUUCUUGUUCUUCCCAGCCUUCUUCUCUCGCUCCAUCAUCACCACCCACAGACACCACCGCCGCACCCACUGCACCGCACCGCAGCUCUUCCAGCACCCUCCCACCGCCAUCAUGGCUGGAAAAGGAGGCAGUUUCGCCCAGCGCAUGAGUCAGAUCGCGCCCUCUGUCGAGAAUUGGGACGACGAUGGGGACUUUCUUGCUGAUAGCUCCACCGACCUUUUCUCCAACUCAAUAUCCACCCGCCAGUCCAUGUCCUCGCGCGUUUCCAUGCGCUCCGAAUCCAACACCGGCGACGAUGACUGGCAAGUCCUCAUCGCACCCAACGACAAUGCCUCCACUAUCAAUGCCAUCUCAUCUGCCAAAUUGGCCGGAAUUCCCAUCCCUACCAGUGUGCCCUCGUCAGCACUCCUUGGCGGUUCUAUACAACGUCUCGGCAAGAAAUCUUCCAAUCGCAAAGUGGUCGUUGACGACGACUGGGGGAACGACCUCGAAUUACCCGACGACGCCAGCACCGGACUGAAACUCAAACCGCCCAUGCCGCAUACACCUGCCACCGACGAUAUGGACGACCUGGACGACUGGGGUGAAGGAAGCUUGGGGAUCCGUUUUGCAGGCACCCGACGCGAGACCCGCGGUGCCCGGAGCUCUUCCGUCUCUGCCAUGAGCCCCAGCAUGGGCAGCUGCAUGACCUUCGAGAGCGAGGACGACGACCUCAACGGUCUCGUGUUGCCGACCGAGCCACUUGACUUCAAUGCCCGGCUAGACAAACUGAAGAAAACUGAAUAUCCAACCCCCGAUGCUUCUCCAUUGCCAGUUCAGCAAACACGCGACCCCCCUCCAACGUCUGCGCCUGUUCUCUCCCCUCCGCCCGAUCUCACGCCCUCACCGUCGGCUGUUCAGCAAUCAACGCCUCCAUUGGACACGGAGCCCCUUGCCCAACCCGGAAUCAAAGGGACCGAGGACAACGACGAUUUCCUCGACGGCUUAGAUAUAGAGAGUGACGAGGUGUUUGGUGCUAAAUUGGCAAAUCGCAAUCGCAACGUCGUGGUAAACAAAGCUGCUGCCAAAAUCACACUACCGCCUGCUGCUCGCCCAACAGCCUCCAUCACCUUCACGGACAAACCUGUUACAUCGAGAAUACCGAGGCCGCUAUCAACCUCAUCCCGCUCUCGUCUCACGCCUCUCUAUGAGCCAGGCGCUUCGCAGUCCAGUCAAAGUCGGCCAAUGCCGACUACUACCAGUUCUCAAUAUUUACGGGCCAAGCGUUCUGCACCUCUUCUCCGGAACACUCCGGGACAUGCAUCACGGGCAUCUGUUCCUUUCAUUCCGGCUGGUAAUUCCAAAACACUCUCACAUCAUGCUGUGUCCAAGGCCACGUCGCAGACACAUCUGCGACAAAAUCCUUCCGACUCACGUCGGCCUCUCUCUCCUCCCUCCAUGCGACCAUUCUCGAGGCUGUCCACUGUCAACAACCAACCCGAAACACCAAGUCGCAUUGGUAUGCGACGGGAUGUAGCGGGAGCUACAUCAUCACGUACACAGACGAGACAGCCGCUGCAGCCAAAGACUAGAAAGCGGGAAUGGGGGAGCGGCAACGAACUCGAAAACUUUGACGAUCUGCCAACAUCAGCUACCAAGGAGAAGAUGUUCGAGAAAGUACCGCGCAAUGCUCCCAGUAACAAGACUCUUAGACAGCAGCCAAGUAACUCGCGUCUGCCAGUGACGGAUCGGAUGACAACGCCCUUACCACAGACACCACGGAGUCCCCCAAAGCCAGAUACAACUCCACGCUUUGCAAGAGACACGGCAGCAAGUAGGAAUGCUCGAGAACAACGCUUAGCCGGAAUCAGAGCUCGUGGUGACGGUCCAAUUGCUCCCCCAACGCCCAAGAACUGGCAGGUGCAUGUUGCGAAUCGAAGCCCCCACACGAGUCCUACUGCGCAUAGAAAGCGAGGCAGCGGGCAGAAGCCUCAAUUGAUACAAGGUUUAUUCCAACCAUAUGCCAAGAUUGAAAAAGGAAUGACAUAUAAUCCUAACCUUCAACGAUGGGAGGGGAACGAAGAGGCGCUUGCUCCGUUCACCCACCCAAACAUCUCUACAACAACACUUGCGCUCACAACAGCCAGCACGCCUACGUUUGCACCUCCCAACAACACCGCAUCCUACUCUCAUGACCGCUCUCACUCCAUAUCGCACGCUGCAUUGUCAAACAUACAACUCAUGUCGCACAAUUUAACAACACGUGCAAUCAAGGUUGGCCCAGUACCAUCACCUCCUCGACCAGCCUUGAUUUCACAAAAGACGAUGCCCCGUGAAGUCAAAGUGGAGCAAGGUAUGGUCUUUGACCCAAUCAAGAUGACAUGGCGGAAGGCACCCCGCGUUUCGGAUGGCUUUUCGCCUGUUGAUAUGGAUGAUGACGACGAAGAGGAUCCCUUCGCUGGCAUGGACGACCUCAAAGACAACGAAAGCAUCGCUGGGAACGGUCCUGGUGGCAACACUACUUCCGGCAUCGAAGACAACAUAUUCGUUGGUGAAGAGUUCGAUCUUGGCCCUAGCUUCAUCCGAAGACAACGAGAGGAAGAAGCUGUGUGGCGUCGCAAAGUUGAAGGCUGGGUUGGCGCUAUGCGUGAUCCAGGGGAGCACCGACACGGUGGUUGGCGAUGGGCCAUCCGCGAUUUCGCAGCCAGCGCAGCUGCUGAGUCUCAGGGGCGAUAG